UUUCGUUUGUUUACAUAUUUUUUGUUCAACGCAUUCAGCACAAUCAACAAAAUUGACUGCCAAGUUUAAGAAAUUAUCUGUGCAAUUGCUGAUUUGUUGAUUCGAUUGAUUGGAUAAUUGAUUCAUAAUUUAUAAUCAUUAUUGUUGUCAUCCAUCUAAUCCUUCCGAAUUUUCGAUGGCUGAAUCCGGGAUUGAAACGGCCGCGGCCCCUGAGUGGCUUGUCAAGUUAGAAAGCCGAAGAGAACAAAUCAAAGCUAAACUCGGUCAUGAGAGUGGAAACGGAGCACCUUGCGUAGCAUGUGGAACCAAAUGUCCUGGUUUAGAUCUUCAUUUUUGGCGAAAAGUUUGUCGGAAUUGCAAAUGCAGGAAGGAACAACAUGAUUGCAAAGACGACGACGUUACUGGCUGGGCUCAAUUUGAAAUACUAGGGGCCAUUCGAUCCAAACCUGCGUACAUAAAAAUUUCCGAGCUCACUGAUAAGCCCGUCCAGCUGGACUGGAUUCCACCUAAUGUGACUCCGGAGCUGGCCUCGGAUUAUAUGACUCAGCUGGGUAAACAGAAUAUACCCAUAGCUGGUAGUGAAGCAGCGGAAAAACGAAAACAGCAGCUAGAAUAUCAAGUUCCUCCCCAUGAUCUGGAUGCCAGUUUGUGUCAUAAUCUUUCAGAAAACGAGGAAGCUCAGUUGGUUCAAUAUGUGGAAAAAAUCAAGAAAAACUGCGUUGGUCAGGGUAGUGUGGUUCGAAUAGGUGACGGUGUGAAUUACCUUCCGCCAUCUGGACGAGGACACGCAGGGCUCCCACAUGCUACUAAUACUUCUAUACAAAAAGAUAAAGUGCUUAGCCAAUUGCUCGGUUCUGAAACAAUUCAAAACAUCAUAUCUGGAAACUCAGUUCCUCUGGGAAGGCCACUUUGCAUUAGUAAAGAGACUUUGAAAGCAGAUUUUAUAGAAAGCCCUCUGAUGUCGGAUAAAACCAAGUACAAAUUGAAACUCAUGAAAAUUGAUUCCGAAGCCAUGCAGAGUGCCGUUUUAAAUGGUCCCGAAAUCGAUCGAAUUAUAGCUGGGAUAAACGAAAAAGCUAUUCCUUUCCAGGAAAAUUGCGGACUUCUUGGUCCACUAGAAAAGUUCCGUCAAGAAUAUAAAAAUAAUCCUAAAUUUCAAACAGAAAUCGAUAACUUUAUUUCAACGUUGCCAACGCAAGAUAGCAGCUCCACUAAAGAACACAAUCAAGACCAUUCUUUUAACUCUCCACUUCCGCUGCGAAACCUUUCCCGCCAGGAUCAAUUACAACACCAGGAAACGCCGGCACGUAAACUUAACUUUGAAGAUAAACCUAACAUUCCACUGUCAAGCCAAUGCCGAAAUGCCUUGAAACAGGACAAAGUGUUGGCAGACAUAAUGAAUUCCGAACCACUCAAGGCAGUAUUGCAAGGCCCGGUGUACGGAAAAACGUUAAUAAUCUCUCGUAAACCACUUUUCCCAGAUUUUAUAAGCAGUCCAUUCCUUUCACCAGCGACAAAAACCAGACUGGAGCGAAUGAAAAUUAACACACAGACAAUCCAAAGUGCUGUAUUAAAUGGUCCCUUUUACGACGAGCUUCUCACAAAAUUGGAUAAAUCUAGCAUAAAUUACGCACAAGAUUCAAUCCUUCAACCAAUCGAUGAAUUUCGUGACGAAUUUUUGAGCUAUGAUAGCGACAGUGACUUCCAGAAGGAAAUAAUAGAUUUCGUCAAAAAUUCCGAUCUAUCACAGUUUGAUGUAACUCCAGACCAGAUUCCAGAAGUGGCAGAAAAUCGGAGGGACGCACAACGCACUAAUGCCCUUCUCAACCAAAUCACGUCAAUUCCGACGGUUCAAAAUGCUCUUAAAUUUGGAGUCCAACCAGGCCACGUACUGCAAGUUUUUAACGAACCAAUGCAUCUUGAUUUGCAAUAUCCAGAGAAACUAUCUAAGCCUGUACUGGAAAAAUUAGCGUCCAUUAAUCUCAACAGCUCUGCUAUCGAAAGUGCUGUUGUGUGUGGUCCAGCUUAUGAUAAAAUUUUGCAUCAGUUAAACAAAAAUCGGAUCAACUAUGCUUUCGACUCUGUUGUUGGUCCAAUCGCUCAAUUUAGGAACGAAUAUUUGGGCGACGAUGGAUUCCGUAAAGAGCUCGCUCGUUAUAUUGCACACCCAGAACCAUGUCUUUUUCAAAAUUUGAUAGCGACCGAAGAGCUUCCCACUGGAGCAAUGAGCGAUGCUCAGAUCGAACAGCUUCAACAACUUAGCGGAAAACUAUCGGGAUUACAUGUUUCCCAAAGCGCUGAUUCGGGUUUUGGUUCUGUACCUCCCACACCGAACUACUCGACCUACCCCGGAUUACUGAGUUCUACAAACGAAGAAACAGGCUACGAUAUUAAUCGUGCACAACUGACCGCACAUGAAGGCAAGCUUGUUUCGAUCCCUGCUAUCCAAGAUAUGAAUAUGUACCCUGAAGUGCGUCCAAGUAAAGGUUCCAUUGGUCAACUUUCAUCCAACGAUAGUGUUGCAUUGCCAUCAACUGCCAAGGCCGUCCAUCCAAAAUCGCUGUUAAAGACUCCAGAAUUCAUUAACUGUGGCGGUUGUCAGAAAUCCAUUAUGUGUGGGGAAGUGGCCGUAAAAGCUGAACGUGCCGGCAAAAGUGCUUGGCAUCCACAAUGUUUCAAGUGCCACAAAUGCGAAGAGCUGUUGGCCGAUUUGGUUUAUUUCUAUCAUGGCGGAAAUGUCUAUUGUGCCAGAGAUUUGGCUGAAAUUUUGAAGAUUCCACGAUGUUCAGCUUGCGAUGAGUUGAUUUUCACCAAGGAAUACACAGCAGCUGAGGGAGCGACGUUUCACAUUAAACAUUUCUGUUGUUAUCAUUGUGACGCACCUUUGGCCGGCCAGCAGUAUGUUCCUGAUGAGAAGAGCAAUAUGCCACUUUGUUUGAAUUGCUAUGACACUUACUUUGCCAAAACGUGCCAUCGAUGCCGUGGAAGCAUUGGACCUGCUGAGCAGGGUGUUGCUUGGGGAAAUAUUCAUUGGCAUGGAUCAUGCUUUCUGUGUAGUGGCGUUGAUUGCGGUAAAUCUCUUAUUGGCGGUCGAUUUUGUGUGAAGAAUGAAAUGCCAUUCUGUAGCCCGCAAUGUCUAAGAAGUGUCAUUGCAUGAAAAAAUCGUAAUUUCGUUCACUACUGCAUCCUUAUGAAAAAGCACCUGGUGCUAUAAUAUAUACUAACUACCCAUAAAUAUCCACUAUAUAGCAAGUGCAUUUAAAAAAUAAAACGUGCCAACUAAACAGAAGCGUGAAACAUAUUUUACAAAUAUACAAUUUUACAAUCAAUAUUUUUUAACAAAUUACAAUAAAGU